AUGAGGGAGAUCGUACAUAUCCAGGCCGGCCAGUGUGGCAACCAGAUCGGGGCCAAGUUUUGGGAAGUCAUCAGUGAUGAGCAUGGCAUUGACCCCAGUGGCAACUACGUGGGCGACUCAGACCUGCAGCUGGAACGGAUCAGCGUCUACUACAAUGAGGCUUCCUCUCACAAGUAUGUACCUCGGGCCAUCCUGGUGGACCUAGAGCCUGGCACCAUGGACAGUGUUCGCUCUGGGGCCUUCGGACACCUCUUCAGGCCUGACAACUUCAUCUUCGGUCAGAGUGGAGCUGGCAACAACUGGGCCAAGGGUCACUACACAGAGGGUGCGGAGCUGGUGGACUCAGUCCUGGAUGUGGUCCGGAAGGAAUGUGAGAACUGUGACUGCCUGCAGGGUUUCCAACUGACCCACUCGCUGGGCGGUGGCACGGGCUCAGGCAUGGGCACUCUCCUCAUCAGCAAGGUGCGUGAGGAGUACCCCGACCGCAUCAUGAACACCUUCAGCGUGGUGCCCUCGCCCAAGGUGUCCGACACGGUGGUGGAGCCCUACAACGCCACGCUGUCCAUCCACCAGCUGGUGGAGAACACGGACGAGACCUACUGCAUCGACAACGAGGCCCUGUACGACAUCUGCUUCCGCACCCUCAAGCUGGCCACGCCCACCUAUGGGGACCUCAACCACCUGGUGUCGGCCACUAUGAGCGGGGUGACCACCUCACUGCGCUUCCCCGGGCAGCUCAACGCCGACCUGCGCAAGCUGGCGGUCAACAUGGUGCCCUUCCCACGCCUGCACUUCUUCAUGCCCGGCUUCGCGCCGCUGACCGCCCGCGGCAGCCAGCAGUACCGGGCCCUGACGGUGCCCGAGCUCACCCAGCAGAUGUUUGACGCCAAGAACAUGAUGGCCGCCUGCGACCCGCGCCAUGGCCGCUACCUGACCGUGGCCACUGUCUUCCGUGGGCGCAUGUCCAUGAAGGAAGUGGACGAGCAGAUGCUGGCCAUCCAGAGCAAGAACAGCAGCUACUUCGUCGAGUGGAUCCCCAACAACGUCAAGGUGGCCGUGUGCGACAUCCCGCCACGCGGCCUCAAGAUGUCUUCCACCUUCAUCGGCAACAGCACAGCCAUCCAGGAGCUGUUCAAGCGCAUCUCGGAGCAGUUCACCGCCAUGUUCCGGCGCAAGGCCUUCCUGCACUGGUACACGGGCGAGGGCAUGGACGAGAUGGAGUUCACCGAGGCCGAGAGCAACAUGAAUGACCUGGUGUCCGAGUACCAGCAGUACCAGGACGCCACGGCCGAGGAGGAGGGCGAGAUGUACGAGGAUGAGGAUGAGGAGUCUGAGGCCCAGGGCCCCAAGUGAAGCGGGUGCUGGAGCCGGGCUGGGGUGGGGGCAGGGUGGUCCUAUCUGCCCCCAGGGCAGCAG